ACGUUGUUUACGCAGUUAUCUUCAUAAUGGCGACCGUGCCUGAGAUGUGCCUAUGCUUGUGAAAAUGAAGCGAAGAAGAAGUUAUUUAUUAUAAGAAAACGCCGGGGUUCCCCAAAGGAGGAAUUUGCGUCGAAGACAGCGGAUUUCCCAGCGUUUAAAGUACAGUUUUAGUCCAUUGGUACCCCAAAAUGAUGAAGCUUAAGUCAAACCAAACCCGGACAUACGAUGGAGAUGGCUACAAGAAGCGGGCCGCCUGUCUCUGCUUCAGGAGUGAAACUGAAGAGGAGGUGCUGUUGGUGAGUAGUAGUCGACAUCCAGACAAGUGGAUUGUGCCCGGUGGAGGAAUGGAGCCAGAAGAGGAACCCAAUGUAGCGGCAACACGAGAAGUCUGUGAAGAGGCAGGUGUGAAGGGGACUUUAGGUCGUCUAGUUGGAAUAUUCGAGAACAAAGAGAGAAAACACAGAACCUAUGUCUACGUUCUCAUCGUAACGGAGGUCCUGGAAGAUUGGGAGGACUCGGUCAACAUUGGGAGAAAAAGGGAUUGGUUUAAAAUAGACGAUGCCAUACAAGUGUUGCAGUGUCACAAGCCCGUGCAGGCCACCUACUUCAGUCCUCUAAAGGAGGGUUGUCUGACUAGCAACGGGACCCCCCUGGUGACCACAAUAGGCGAAGACCUCUCUCCCACCUAUAACAUCAACCAGAGCUCUGUGUCGGGUAUCAGAUAACUAAAAUACAACGCUGAAGCAACGCCAGGAGCUCUCACCACCACUGUCACACUUUUUUUUUUUUUCUUCUUGUUUUUGUCUCCUAACAACAUGGUUUGCCUUGCCAAUUCUUCUGUGCCAGAAUUGUGGCGCAGACUUGACAAGUGUUGGGUGAAGAUUCUGAAACACUUUGUAAAUGUAAAUGUAAUUUUUGACCCCCUUUUAUUUUUCAUUUUAUUGGAAAUUGCAUGAAGCAUCCCCUACUCCCUGGCUUCCCUCACUCUACUACCUUAACUCACCCUUAGUGUGGUGUUUAUUGAAUGCAGCAAGAACUACUUUUUACUAUUGUGAUGUAAAAGUGUAUACUUAGUGCUUAAGCUCAAGGCUUUCGAUGGUCUUUUUAAUGUCUCCUCUUUUUUUGGUUGUUUUCUGUGUAUGAAUGUGCCCAAGAGCGUGUUUUCUUCUUUUUAAGGAUUGGAAAUGUUCUCUGUAUCUAAAUGGACAGAACUGUGGGAAGUGACUUGUUUUGCAUGAGCACUGGUAUGUUUUGUGUUACACAUUGGAGUGACCUGAUACGGAUUCUGAUUGUGCAGCAGAUACUCUUUUGUGGUAAUAGGUCUUUGGAUUCUCUUCAUUUAGCUCUGCAUUGUGGCUCUUGGUGUUAAUAUCUCACAGGUUUCAUCAGAAAGUUGAGGCCCUUUUCCACAUGGAUUUAUGACCCGAUUGUCAAAUAUACAUUUUCCCUCAGUCUGCAAGCAAGUUAGUAAUUAAAAUAUUUAGAAGAAAAUAUAAAUGGAAUGACUACUCAACUAAAUAUUUAGAAGAAUUCCCCUGUAGAAACUUUUUGUCCACUGUGUCUUUACCUACUUUAACUGUCCUGUAGUCUGCUGGUAUUGGUUCGAUACGCAGACACUUCAGUAGUGACCAGAUCCCUUACUGACCAGUUACCUGUUUACCAUUUGGAAUUGACUGUCAAGUCUUCCCCAAUUUAUUGUCCAAACGAGGGUGAAAAGACUUGGGGGAGUGCAGUACCAUCUACCAACUGACAGUUGCUUCACCCAAUACAUAUCACCUUAUACUCAAUCCAAUGUUCAGAUUCUCCCCCCUACACUUUAACCUCAGUUUACAGCAGUUGUUUACAUUGUGUCAAUAACAUUCAUUUUCCACUUUAAACAAGCAUUAGUAGACAGGUAUUUUAGAUAUUUUUUAGAGGGAACUUUUCAGUAAGGCCUUUUUAUUUUUACUUUUCUUUAGUAUUGAAUCUGCAUCCCCAAACAAAUAUCCAAUCACCUGCUUGACCGUGUAAGUAAUGGAAUCUAAAAUGCUGUCUUAGGCCAGAUGCAGAACAAACAAGACUUGUACAGUUUGAGACCUCAUUUUUAACAUGUAAAAAUGCUUUUGGAUACUAGUUUUUUUUUUCUCUUAAACGUCUGGCAAAAGUCUCUGUAGCCAAUCUGCUAUACUUGCCUUGGAUGUGGCAUGGAGCAGCUGACUCAAUACUGUGAAACUGGAGGCGCUGUAGAUAGCAUGUAAGACGUUUUAUUGUAAAUUGUUAAUUUCUGUAUAGAUCAAAGGUAAGAGUACAAAUGACACAAAAAAAAAAAAACUUUUCUCUGACGCAAUCUGUGAGUGCUAUAUGUUGCUCAACUAUGGCUGUAGAGUUGACUCAAUUCCCAAAGGGCGGUGUUGUCUUUGGUGGUUUUGUUGACACAUGGCUCACAGUACAUGUUGAGGCUAAAGAACAAGCAAAUGGCUUUGUAUAGGGACAUGUUUGUGUGGGGGGGUUGUAGACCCCAUUUCCAACAAUGAUAAAAGCAGAUACGAUGCCUCCGUUGUUCAACAAGGACAACAAGGUUACCCUUGAGACAGGUGUAAAAAAGAGAAUUAUUUCGAGUUGAACUGUUGACAUACAAUUGAGGCUCUGCUGAGCUGAGUACUGUUUUCAAACCACUAGUCCACAUACCACUGAGCUGUAACGUCAUAAUCCCAGUCUCCUGACAGAACCAACACAUGCGUACUAGACACUACAUCUCACCAUGAUCUCUUCUGUCAUUGUUUCAGUAGAUCAUUCAACCUCCAAACCAAGCAUUACAUGUGUUCUUAGUCUCAGACUCUGAUGAAUGCCUUUUCUCUAAAUGGUAGCUGAUAGUGUCUUUUUUAAAGGCUGUAACUAAAGUGCUGAGUGGAUUACUGAUAUCUUUACAAAUGCAUUAGUAAUUUCGCCUCUCACAGAGGAAUGAGACUUUGAACCUGGAUUUAUUGGCUUUUUGUUUUAAUGAGCUGCAUUGAAAGGUGUGGGGGACAAAGUCUUGGAAUGGUCUAUAGGAAAACAGACUUUGUCUCCUUGAGCAGAAGACAUUUAGGCCUGUUAUUGAAUUCUAGGGUCAGCCUUCCUAAAAGUCAAAUUAUUUUCUUUGGAAGAUUUAAUUGACCAGUUGAAGAGGUUUAAAGUUCCUAGAAAAUGGGUUUGAGUGAGGGCAAAGCAACAAGCACUGUCAAACGGAUGUGUGGGUAUACAUAGGCCUAGCAGCCAAUGAAUGACCAUGUUUUUUAUCCUUUGUUCUUUAUGCAGAAUUUUCCUGACGAGACAAUGUCUUGUACACACACUAGCUGAAGCAGCACUUACAUAGUCAGAGGCUCUCCGAUAGCCUUAACCUUAGGAUUUAGUCAGUGAUAAUUACAUGUGUAUUUCGUCCCAUCUCUCACACAAUUCUGUUAACACCUUAUGUUAAUACAACAGGUAAUAGAAGUUGAAGUGGAGUGGGAGUUAAUGGAUUCAAUGCUUUCUAAUUAGAAAAGGGAUAAGUAGGUUUAAUGUAAUAUAUCCCUUGCUCUCUUCAAACUCUCUUCAAACAGUGAAAUCUGAUUGGAAACCAUAGGAUGAAUGAAUGAAAGAUGGGUGGCUUUUAAAAGGCUUAAAUGCUGGCCUCUUUUCAGAUAGGCCUCAGUCUUUCAUCUCAGAGUGAUGUAAAACUUUGCAUUGGGAGUCUAAUUUCAUAUUUAGUGAAACAUUGGGUGAUAAUGUUUCACCUGUUCAAAAGAAGGCCAGGAGAGGGCAAAAGUUGUCUUGUAAUCUCAUGUAAAAGUGCAGCAUUUUAACCACUCCUCUUAUCAUUUCUUGAUCCCUUCACAUGUAUGGACCUGGAACUUAAAUUGAACAGCUGACCAAUUAUUUAAUACUUUAGUUCUAGGUUAAGGUGAAAUUAGGAUAGGAGGCAAAAAAAAUCUACUGAGUAUCACCUUUGACAUCAGAUUGUGAUAAUCAUAUCUCUAAGAAAUGAUUAGCACCACCUAGUGGUCAGUCAAUAUGUGAAAAAAAUUUGCCCAGUCACCAAAUGUCCGGUUGAGGAUUGAGCAGUAUUUAAUUGCUUUGUGAAUGCAGUGGAACUCUGACAAUUACUUAACUUCCAUUGUGGUGUAGUUAGGGUGCUACCCACUUGCUAUGAGGAAAUUGAUUAGGUGAAAUUGUGAUCAGAUGUGAUUUAGUGAGAAAAGCUAUUUGGAAAAACUAAAUGAGUAUACUGUGUGCAAGCCCCUGAUCUCAGCCAUGAGUUCCUAUACAAAUGUAGUAAUUGUUUUCUCUAAGCUUUAUGUCACUGGAAUUUAUUUUUCUCUUGUCGUCAUUUGGGACUGGAAUAAACCAGUGUGAGAAGACAGAAGAUUGUAAUAUAAAUGUGCCAACAAAUAAACACCAGUAUUUCACA